UCAAAAGAUAUUUGUUGUUUGUGUGAUCAUCUUGGUAAAAAUUGUUUUUGAAAACAUUUUCGUUGUUCUAACGAUGAUUGUAGUUAUCAAAAAUUAAUCAAGAAUAUACGGUAUUAAGUGCAUAAUCGACAUGUGGGUUAAGCCUCAAGAAAUUUUCAUAAAAACUGCGCUUUGGGAUACUGAUGAAACGACUUUGUACUUCGUCCUGCAGAGAAGGAAAGGGCAUGGCAAGUCGAAAGGUUUCUCCUCGCUUCUCGUUGGUACUUUAGAUAGUGUUCGAGAUACAAAACCAGCGCCCUACAGAAUUUUACAUCAGACACCUAACUCAGAAGUAUAUUAUGUGAUAGCCACUGCACUGACAGAGCCAGAAAUACGCCAGGAUUGGCAGUGGCUGUUCGAGAAUGUUUGUCCGACAUUACACUCAUUUGACACAGAGGAAGAGGUUACUGAGUUUGUGUGCUGCAAAAUAAAUUCUAUCAUUGCUACGGAACAAGAGACUUUUACUGAGGAUGAAGACACAGUCACAUAUAAAAAUGUGGACUAUGAAUUCCACGAAAGGUUCCGUAUGCCCAAAGAUGAGAAAUUGGUCUGCUACUACUCUUGUAGUUACUGGAAAGGCAAGAUGCCCCGCCAAGGUUGGAUGUACCUAUCAGUCCACUACAUGUGUUUCUACUCCUAUAUAUUCGGACGCAAAACUUCUAUCAAGAUCCGCUGGGCUGACGUCACGGAAUUGGCGAAAACCAACAGUCUUUUGUUUCCUGACUCGAUUAAAGUGGUUACCAGGGACGGAGAACAUUACUUCACAUUGUUUUUGAGGAAGAAUGAGACGUUUGCUUUGAUGCAGCAGUUGGCUAAUAUUGCUAUGAAACAAUUAAUCGACGAUAAGUCAGGAUCCUUCAAUAUUGACAAGGAUCUCUUGACGAAACUAAGCAAAAAUGUGCCAAAGAAGCCUUCGUUCCUAAAAAGAGAUUUGGAUGCUAGGAAACAGUCAAACCUUUUUACUUUGAGAUUCCGAUUACCACAGAAUGAAAAAUUGGAUGGCACGGAAGAAUGUACCUUAUGGACUCCUUAUAAUAAGAGACAUAAUUGGGGAAGACUGUAUCUAUCGCAGAACUUCAUUUGUUUUGAUAGUCGGGUCCGCAAUCUAGUCCGUCUCACAAUACCUCUCCGUAACGUCCAUCAAGUGGAGCGGGCUGACUCCGGAGGCACUGGUUCCUCAGGAGAUUCUGGCAGCAUUCUCAUAACAACAGCUCAUCACACCAGCUUUCUAUUCGGCAAUAUAUCUGAUAGGGACUUCUUGGUUCAUAAGAUAUCGGAACUCCUUGCUAAGUUGCCCAAUGAUGUGUACAGGGAGAAGGCGACGAAGGCCGUGGCUCAGACGGAGGUUGAAGGUUGGACCCCGCAGCCCCCGCUUAUGACUCUCUUCAGAACUCACCAGACUUCGCCUAUUAAACAGAUACAGCAGAAAAAGGAGAAGCAAUGGGAAGAUCACAUGGCCGAGGUGGGCCGAGGCGUCAGCAUGUACCAAACCACAGAAGGCAGCGAACUAGUCGUCGGCGGUAUACCAGAGUUAUUACGAGGAGAACUUUGGAGUGUAUUCUCAGGCUCUAUACUACAGAAAGCACAAAAUAAAGGCCUAUAUGAAAGACUGGUGAACAAAGCCCUGUCGACUAAGAAUCAAGCGAACGAUGAAAUUGAAAGGGAUUUGCAUCGGUCUCUGCCUGAGCAUAGGGCGUUCCAGAAUGAUGUCGGUAUAUCAGCGCUCCGCCGCGUCCUUUGCGCAUACGCACUAAAGAAUCCUCAGAUAGGUUACUGCCAAGCAAUGAACAUUGUCGCUUCAGUAUUGCUAAUAUAUUGUCCUGAAGAACAAGCCUUCUGGCUUCUAGCUACUAUAUGCGAAACUUUGCUACCUGAUUAUUAUAAUACUAGGGUGGUUGGGGCUUUGGUUGACCAAGGCGUCCUAGAAGAGUUAACAGAAGUCCACCUACCGGAACUUCACGCUAAGUUAGACGAGUUGGGCAUGAUGAAGAUGAUCUCUCUAUCCUGGUUCCUGACCCUUUUCAUCAGUGUGAUGCCGUAUGAGUGUGCUGUUAACGUCAUGGACUGCUUCUUUUAUGAUGGUGCUAAAGUUAUAUUUCAGGUUACCCUCACAAUACUAGAUAUAAACCGCGACAAACUCCUCAAAUGUACUGAAGAUGGACAGGCUAUGCAGGUGCUGAACGACUACCUUCAAGGCAUAUACAAUGAAGAGGCUAUGGCUUUGUCUACGGAACCACGGACCGCUGAAAAGACAAUAAAAAUCCAAGAGUUAAUAUACCAGUCCUAUCGCUCAUACGGCAGCAGUGUUUCAAGCGAGAACAUAGAACAUUUGAGACUUAAACAUCGGUUGAGGGUGGUUCGACAGUUAGAAGAUAGUCUAGAAAAGAACACCCUGAGAGCUUUACAACAGGAUAAACUUCUCGAGUUGAAUGAGUUACAGGAAUUACUAAGUGCCAUUCGCGAAGAACUUCUAUGGGCAAAAAGAGUGCCUUGUGAACGAUUAGAAGCGCCGUACGAGUCGUAUAGACUGGACUACACGCAGUUCAAAACUUUGUACUUCGCGUUGUCGCCGUGGGCUAAAGGAGAUUUUGCUGAAGCCAUCACUGCUAGGAUGUUUAAGCUAAUGGACUACGACGAAGACGGUCUAGUAAGCGCCCGCGGUCUCAGCGUAGCCCUCGGGCUGUCGACCCGCGCGGAGGCGGCGCGGCGGCUGCGGGCGCUGUACUGCGCGCACGCGCCGCCGCUGCUGCCGCGCCGGGACCUCAGGCCCACGCACUUCACUGACACAGGAGAGGAGCUGGCUACCGAUGCUAUUUCCUUCUUUGAUACUGCUGAAGAUGAGCCCGUGUCUCCGGAGCCGGGGCCACUGCAUCGCUCUAUAAGUGAGAUGUGCGGCGAUGGCCUGCCGAUGGACAAGAGUGAUUCUGAUAACAGUCAACUGGGCACGUACAUAACAGCGGAGAGUGUACGAGCCUGCGGGCUGGCCGGGCUCGGCAGCGGCGCCAGCACCCCGGGAGCCGCGCCCGCAGCACCCGCCCUGCCUCGCGACCACUUCCUGCAGCUGCUGGCCGUGCUGCACGACCUCACGCAGCGACAGCCUGAUGUGUACGAGGCUGUGGUGCUGGCAGGUACUCUUCUAUUGCAACUGGGUGAACACAACCAUCGCCCGCUGCUGGACCGCGAGAUCUCACAAGACAGCUUGUUCCUAGCUGCCGCCGCAAAGCAACCUGAAGUGCAGCUGGAUCCCAACGGUAACGCAACCGAACCGGAACAAGAAAGCCAAAAGCCCUCACCUUCCAAAGAAACUGAACCAGAAGGGGUCUGGUCGAUCACUUUAGAACAAUUCCUAGCCACCAUGCUAGCCCAGUCUGCUCUCGAAGAGUUCUUCAAUGAGAAGGUGUCUAUUCUACCAGCUUUGGAACUGCUGAGACAGAGGGACAGACUGCAGUCGGUUUCAUAGCUGGUAGAGAUAGCCGGGUUGCUUGGAAUAAGCCUCUAAACCCUGCUAAUGAGAAGUUGGUUCUGGUUUCUGAAGGGAGUUCAGUUGUUGAUAGUAUAAGCCGGCUAAAGUGAAUAGUAAUGUUACUAAAUACAAUGAUUAUAUUAAAGCUGACAGUUUUAUUUAGCUUUUUAAGCUUCUUGUAUGGAGGUCAUUUGAUUGGUUAAAAUAUAGUGCUUUAAUUAGAUCCAUCUGCUGUCGUCGACUUGUAUGAUUCCAUCUCAUUUCUCUACACAAAAAUGAGUAAAAGCCAAUAAGCAAUUCAGCCGGUUUUAUAUUGAUAUCAACAUAAUGUUUGACGACCUUUUCGCUUUGAAGGUUUUGAACAUGUAUUUAAUCUGUUAUGGUCUGUCCUUUUUAAAUAUAUUUUUAACUGUAUAUGCCUACAUCAUAUAAUAUUGUCAAAUAAACAUGUCUUGACAAUCAAUAUAAAUUAAAAAAUACGGAUUUUAAACUUUGUUUUUUUAUGGUAUUGUUAAAAUAUAUUUGAAGGAAUGAAGGAACUUGUAAACAGUCGCGUUUUGAAAUUGCCUUAGUAUGUGUUCACCUAACCUGCUAUGUACCACGCAGUUAUUCUAGGGCCUAUGCACACGCGCGCGUUUUGGGAACGCGCGUCGCCGGCGCGUUUUUAUCCUGCAGAGCAGUUUGUUGUCGUUUGUAUCGAUACAAACGCGCGGCACCGGCGCGUCUAUAUCGGUACAAACGCGCGUUUGCAUCACGUCUGCAUCGCUACACACGCGCGUUUGCAUCGCGUCUGUAUCGCUACACACGCGCGUCUGUAUGUAUACAGGUGUGCAAAGGUCUACAGGCUGCGUCUGUCUUGCGUGCGUAUCGCGUCUGUAUCGCUACAAACGCGCGUCGACGGCGCGUUUAAAAAACGUGGUGUGCAUAGGCCCUUAACUAGCUUAUUUUGUGUAAACAUAUUGUAUAUAGAGUUUAAGUAUAUAAAUAUAGGUACUGGAACAAUUACGAUUUCUUUUCAAAAUUAAGAGAUUUCUUUUAUAUAGUUUCAAAUCUUUGUCUUGCAGAUAAUUUUAUAUUUAAAAAAAAAACCCUAAAGCGGACAGUAUGAAUUCCAUAGAAAAGUAUUUAAGAUUAGAAGUUAAAAAGUAUUUUUCAAGCAAACAUUUCGCUGAACAUUCCAGAAUUGUUACUUUAAGUAUUUUUUUAUUAUUAACAAUGAUUUUUACUAGGUAUUUGUAUUUAUCGGUGCUUCAAGAUAUUGGUACGUUACAGGAAAAUAACAUACAAACAUGUAAUUUAUAUUUAGAAACUGUUAUUUUUGUACUUACUUUGGACAAAUGUGUUUUCUUUAUCUGACUUUGAGAGAUUGUAACUCCUCGAUUCAAAAACGAAAACAUUGAUUUAUAAUCUUAUCUACCAGUACCGAAUAGUUUAUUAUAAAUAUACCUACAUAAACAUAGCCAUAUUAAUUGUAAGUUUAGUCUAACAUAAACAAAUUAACCUUUGUUUAUAUUAUUAACCUAAACUACUAAAGUGCAGGUACCUAUUUAAAUGAAUUCUCUAACCAUGUAACACUAGGUUUAGUACAAAUUAGCAUUUUCUGUAACUUAUAUAGGACUUAUAUUGAUACCUUUACUUAGAUGUCAGCUUUGCUUCCAAAUAAGUUAUUUUCAUACGCUUUUAAAGCAAAAUUUUAGAAAACAAAAAAAAUAUACCUUUUUGAUUUGUAUGUAUAGAGGUUGAAUGUAUGUUCCCAUAGGAUAAAUAAAUAUGUAUUAUGUACAUAACAGUGCCUAUAUACACCGACACGAUGAUAGUGCUUCAGAGAAUAACGCUUAGCAAUGAUGUGCUUGACUAUAAUACAAAUAUUCUUAGACUUGAAAAUAGAUAAGGAAUUGCCUCAACAUGAGAUACAAACAAAAAGCUUAUAAAAUAUAUAACAAAUUAGGAAAGAGAUUUAUACAUAAAUAUUAAAUGCUUUCAUAUUUGUGAUACACAUAAAUCAAGUAAGCAGUGGCUUGCAAAGUGUUGCUUGUCGCUUUUACGAGAUUUCCCUACAAAGAACUAUGAAAGGGACUUUGUAAAAACAAAAUAGACAAAUUACUCCAAAUGAAGUGCUUAAAGUAAUAUUAGGAGAUUAUAAAAUAUAUAGAUUAGAUAUAGUCCAAAUAAGCAAUAUUUUUAACAAGUGUAUAUGUAUUAAUCAUAUUUAUUUUUGUAUGCCACGAUAUCUUAUUUAACUUUGGGUAAUGUAACGAAUUUCGGGGUACAACGGUAGAAGCUUUUAGGUACAUUCCAUGGCAGAAGGGAGAAGUCCGUCCGUAGAUAUUAUUUUCUAAUACCUUGAUUUAUGAAUAGACUACAUUUAAAUAAAUACUUCUCACUUCUGUUAGAGACUGUACACCAAAAUGUUUUGACAAUACACAUAAUAUUUUAAGCAUUGUCCAGCAUAAGGCUUCAAUUAAAAUACUUUCAACUUCAAUUUUUUUGUAUUUCCAAAGCUUUACCAAUCUUUAAUAUUUGUGUAUUUUAUAUCACUAUAAUUCCUAGCAAAGCGUUAAUUUUGUUAAAGUGUGCUACUGCACACUUUAACAUGUAUGCUAUUUUAAUCUCUUCAUAUUGUGGUGAAUAUUUAGAAAUGAAAAAUAACAGUGUACCACGCUUCGCCUUGUCUUCGUCUACUCUUAGAUUUUGAUGUUAUUUCCAACAGUACUUUCAAGCACAAAAUGUUUAACAUACUUUAAUUUGUAAGAUUAACCAUGUCCAUGUAAGUAGCGAUAUCUGAACAUUAUACAAGUUUCAUUGAAUACACUUGUUUGACGUUA